CUCCGGCCCCCAGGGCAGCUGGAGGGAAGUCGGAGCCACGCUCGGGAGAGUCGGCUCGGGCCGCUGGCUGCGCUCGGUGAGGGGGGCGCGGGCUCGUUCGCGGGGCCCGGGCCCUGCGGAUCCGCCCCUUCCCCGGUCCCGCCCCCCUCGGAGCCUGCCGGGGCUGCUCUGGGGCUGCGCGGGGGCCGGGGGCCCGCUGUCCGGGCGCCAUGCGGGCGUCGCUGCUGCUGUCGGUGCUGCGGCCCGCAGGGCCCGUGGCCGUGGGCAUCUCCCUGGGCUUCACCCUGAGCCUGCUCAGCGUCACCUGGGUGGAGGAGCCGUGCGGCCCGGGGCCGCCCCAACCCGGGGAGUCUGAGCUGCCGCCGCGCGGCAACACCAACGCGGCGCGCCGGCCCAACUCGGUGCAGCCUGGAGCUGAGCGCGAGAGGCCCGGGGCCGGCGAAGGCACCGGGGAGAACUGGGAGCCGCGUGUCUUGCCCUACCAUCCGGCACAACCCGGCCAGGCCGCCAAGAAGGCCGUCAGGACUCGAUACAUCAGCACAGAGCUGGGCAUCAGGCAGAAGCUUCUAGUGGCAGUUAUGACCUCACAGGCCACAUUGCAUACACUGGGUGUGGCCGUGAAUCGAACUCUGGGGCACCGGCUAGAACGCGUGGUGUUCCUAACAGGCGCUCGAGGUCGCCGGAUACCUUCAGGAAUGGCAGUAGUAACAUUGGGUGAGGAGCGGCCUAUUGGACACCUGCACCUGGCAUUACGCCACCUGCUGGAGCAGCACGGAGAUGACUUUGAUUGGUUCUUCCUAGUGCCUGAUGCCACCUACACCGAAGCUCAUGAACUGGCACGCCUAACUGGCCACCUCAGUCUGGCCACUGCUACCCAUCUCUACCUUGGCCGGCCCCAGGACUUCAUCGGUGGGGAGCCCACCCCAGGCCGUUACUGCCACGGAGGCUUUGGGGUGCUGUUGUCACGCACGCUGCUACAGCAGCUGCGCCCCCACCUGGAAGGCUGCCGCAACGACAUUGUCAGUGCACGCCCUGAUGAGUGGCUGGGACGCUGCAUCCUUGAUGCUACUGGAGUGGGCUGUACUGGUGACCACGAGGGGGUGCACUACAGCUAUCUGGAGCUGAGCCCUGGGGAGCCUGUGAAAGAUGGGGACCCUCGUUUCCGAAGUGCCCUGACAGCCUACCCUGUCCGUGACCCUGUGCACAUGUACCAGUUGCACAAGGCUUUUGCCCGAGCAGAGCUGGAGCGCACAUACAAGGAGAUCCAGGAGUUGCAGUGGGAGAUCCAGAACACCAGCCAACUGGCAGCUGAUGGGGAACGGGCUGCUGCCUGGCCAGUGGGCAUUCCAGCCCCAUCCCGCCCUGCCUCACGAUUUGAAGUCCUUCGCUGGGACUAUUUCACAGAGCAGCAUGCCUUCUCCUGUGCCGAUGGCUCACCACGCUGCCCACUGCGUGGGGCCGACCGGGCGGAUGUGGCUGAUGUUCUGGGAGCAGCCCUGGAGGAGCUCAACCGUCGCUACCACCCAGUCCUGCGACUCCAGAUGCAGCAUCUGGUUAAUGGCUACCGUCGCUUUGAUCCGGCCAGGGGUAUGGAGUACAUGCUAGACUUGCAGCUGGAGGCACAGACCCCCCAGGGUGGCCGCCGGCCCCUCACCCACCGGGUGCAGCUCCUGCGGCCUCUGAGCCGCGUGGAGAUCCUGCCUGUGCCCUAUGUCACUGAGGCCUCACGGCUCACUGUGCUGCUGCCUCUGGCUGCAGCCGAAUGUGAUCUGGCUCCUGGCUUCCUGGAGGCCUUCGCCACUGCCGCCCUGGAGCCUGGAGACGCAGCAGCCCUGACCCUGCUGCUGCUGUAUGAGCCACGCCAGGCCCAGCGGGCGGCCCAUGCGGAUGUCUUCGCACCUGUCAAGGCCCACGUGGCAGAGCUAGAGCGGCGUUUCCCUGGUGCCCGGGUGCCCUGGCUCAGUGUGCAGACGGCUGCACCUUCCCCACUACGCCUCAUGGAUCUACUGUCCAAGAAGCACCCACUGGACACACUGUUCCUGCUGGCCGGGCCAGACACAGUGCUCACUCCUGACUUCCUGAAUCGCUGCCGCAUGCACGCCAUCUCUGGCUGGCAGGCUUUCUUUCCCAUGCACUUCCAAGCCUUCCACCCAGCCGUUGCUCCACCACAAGGACCUGGACCACCAGAGCUGGGCCGUGACACAGGCCAUUUUGAUCGUCAAGCAGCCAGCGAGGCCUGCUUCUACAACUCGGACUACGUGGCUGCCCGUGGGCGGCUGGCCGCAGCCUCAGAGCAGGAGGAGGAGCUGCUGGAGAGCCUGGAUGUGUACGAGCUGUUCCUGCGGUUCUCUAACCUGCACGUGCUGCGAGCCGUGGAGCCAGCCCUGCUACAGCGCUACCGGGCCCAGUCGUGCAGCGCACGGCUCAGUGAGGAUCUGUACCACCGCUGCCGCCAGAGUGUGCUGGAGGGCCUCGGCUCCCGAACCCAGCUCGCCAUGCUGCUUUUUGAGCAGGAGCAGGGCAAUAGCACCUGAUCCCCACCCUGGGCCCCUGUACCCUGGCAUGGCCUCGCCUUGCCCCACUCCUCCCCAGCAACAACCCGGAGUCAGCCUGCCAGCCUUACUGGACAGGAGUGGCUGCAGCCUCAGACUCCGGGGCAGCCCCCUAGUCCUGUCUGGGUUGUAGGUCCCUGGACUCAGGACAGCCAUGGGGAACAUGUCUCCCCCCACCCAGCCACCCCUCUUGACCCAAGCCUAGUCUUCCUGCCCUCUUGACGCUGCUGAUUCAGGCUGUGGCCUUCGUGUAUUUAUGCAGUACUGUCUGCCCGCCUGACGCCAGCCACACCUUCAGGGUCUUGUUCUGGAGGCUGGGCUGCAGAUGAGUUGUUGGAGAAGGGGGAGCCAAGAGAAAGGAGGAGACAUCUUCUCCCUUCUAGACCCCCUAAUGAAGUGCUCUGCCUUUAAUAAACUGGCUGAAUGUGGACUGGUAA